AGCGACGCGGGGCUGCUGCCGUUCGGAUGUGCAGUCAUGUCCGGAGCGUCCCAGUGAUCCCAGCAGGACAGAAGCAGGACUGACGGAAUAAAGCUAUGGGUGGCCAGAUUACACGAAAUGCCUUUUACGACUCACUCGGUGGGCCGUUCCCGUCCGCGUCGCACCGAUGCCACCACAAACCCAAGAGGUGCCUGCCUAUCCAGUGUGGCAGUGUCAGUGGGCCCCUUCCCCUCAGCCCACUUCUCUUCCAUCCAAACGCCAAGGGUUCCCAGAUUGUCAUGGACCUUGCCCAGAAGACUGUCAAGAGGCAGGCCAGUUUCUGCAACGCUAUCACCUUCAGCAACAGGCCCAUAGCGCUUUACGAGCAAGUCCGCCUAAAGAUCACUAAAAAGCAGUGCUGCUGGAGUGGGGCUUUGCGUCUGGGGUUCACUUUCAAAGAUCCAUCCAGGAUAAACCCAGACAACCUGCCAAAGUAUGCCUGCCCUGACCUGGUGUCCCAGAGUGGUUUCUGGGCCAAGGCGCUGCCUGAGGAGUUUGCCAACGAGGGCAACGUUAUCGCCUUCUGGGUGGACAAGAAGGGCAGAGUCUUCUACCGCAUAAACGAGUCCAGCCCCAUGCUGUUCUUCAGCGGAGUCCGCACAGCUGAGCCCCUCUGGGCCCUCAUUGAUGUUUACGGUCUGACCCGCGGAGUGCAGCUGCUAGGCAGUGAGAUCGUUCCUCCUGAGUCGCUGCGCCCACGCUCCUUCACCACUGUGCGCUCCUCCUCCCUGCGGCGCGAAGCAGACGACUCGCGCUUGUCCGUCAGCCUGUGUGACCUCAACCUGCAGCAGGAGGAUGGAGGCAACGCCCACAAUCACGCCCACCGCCACACCCUCCACCUGGCCUCAGCCUCCUCCUCCUCCACCUGCCCCAUCCCCCAGAACUCCCUCAACUCCCAGCAGUCCUCUCUCCUGCCACCCGCCCUAGAGAGCGACCUCCACUUUCAUCAGCUGCGCGGCGCCCACAUCAAGACGCUGGAUGAGCAGACGGUGGCGAGAUCUGAGCAUGCACGCGACGAGCGCACGCUAGUCUUCACCAACCGACCCCUGCGCACCGGAGAGACUGUCUUCAUCAAGGUCACCAAAUCCAGCCCGGCGCGCUCAGGCUCCUUGUCCUACGGCGUGACUUCCUGUGACCCGGCAGUGCUGCGUCCCAGCGACCUGCCCUACAACCCAGAGGCUCUGGUGGACCGGAAGGAGUUCUGGGCGGUGUGUCGGGUGCCCACCCCUCUUCAAAGCAGUGACAUCCUGGGCUUCUUGGUCAACCAGGAGGGGGAGGUCAUCCUCAGCCACAAUGGCACCAAUGUGGGCAUGCAAGUGUGUGUGGACAACUCCCGCCCACUUUGGAUGUUCUUCGGCCUGCAUGGGGCUGUGACUCAGCUGAGGAUUCUGGGCUCCACUCAUGUGGGGGAUCCUCAGCCCACAUCGAACCCCAGCUCGCCCUCCUCCUCCCCCCACACCCCCAGCGCCCUGGGCAGCGGCAGCUCGGAUCCAGUCCUGAACGGAGGCCUGUGCUCUGCCGCUUACUGCAGCUCAGCAGGAGGUACAACCCCAAACUCACCAGUCAGCCUCCCCAAGUCCCCUACGUUCCCAUCACCGUGGUCCGAUGAGUGCUCCAUCUGUUACGAGAACCUGGUGGACACGGUCAUCUACGCCUGUGGGCACAUGUGUCUGUGCUACACUUGCGGCCUCAAACUCAAGAAGAUGUCCAAUGCCUGCUGUCCCAUCUGCAGGAGACAGAUUAAAGACAUUAUCAAGACGUACCGCAGCACGUAAGAGGGCGGCGGCAAAUGGACGGAUAGCCUCAGCGAAAUCCCAGAGUCAGGGAAAGAAAGGCCCAAGUUCAGUGAAUACAAACUCUGGUACUUUGAUUUGGUAUUUUCAUAGGAUUAUUGUUGGUCGGUUUUCUCUCAUGACCUUUUCCAAAGCCGGUACCGCUUCUAUGGCAAGGUCUCUUUCACUCUCCAGUCGUUGUCACUGCCUCUCUGCGGAGGCGGCACUCAAAGUGGCUGCGGGUUCCGCUAAGAACUUUGCUAUUGCCAGAAGGGUUUGCUCUCUCCUGGAAUACGUGAAAUACUUUGAAGGAGAAAGUUAAAAAAAAAAAUCAAAUUUGUCGAGCAAUGUCGUAUGAAUUAGGGAUGAACGCCCAUCUCUUUGGGGCUGAAUUUCUCGUGAACAGCUCUUAUUAGAGGGGGACUGAAGCUCUGAAAUAUGGCGUCAACCUGAUGGACAUUUCUGACUAGAGCAGUCGAUGAAAAGCACAGCCGCAGCAGGUGAUCAGCUCAGUACGUCACAACUUGUGUCUGUGUGUUACUGAGCACUGGAAAAGAAAAGAAAUCAGCUUGGCGUCGUGAUGAUGAAGUGAUGGGUUUCUGUAAUCGUCGUGGUGAUUAACAGUGAGUGUGUAGAGAUGCAAAGCGGUGCUGAAUAUGUAAAGUAGGAUUGUAACACCUGUUGUACUCGUAUAAUCUCCUGUACCUUUAUGGUAGUUCUAUUGCAAAAGUCAGUGGUUGCUAUAUUGUAGUGUUAGCUAGCUGCUUGCUCUGCAGUGCGAUGUGUUGCACUGAAAUCAGCAUUGUUCUCUCGGAAACGCCCCGAUACCGACACGGAGGGCGUUCACCUGUUCACACUCUCUACACGCCUGCGUCCAGCAGACUGAGCAGCUUCGAGGUUCUUCAAAGGAAACAGGAAGUGUGAAAAAUAAACCAACAGUAAUUUGAAUUCUCCUCAGGGCCGAUCGUAUGUUUUUUUAUUUCAAAAGAUGUGAAUAUUUUCCCACUCUACCUAUAACCAUGCCUAGUACACUGUGAGCACUCAUGACGAAUUGACAGAUCUUUCAAAAUAGCUCCCAUAACAUCACAAGUAGUCAAAGGAUUGUUGCCAUGGUAUCGAGAAGCCGCCGCAGAUACAACUCAGCCUCCUGCCUUAACGCACAGAGGGUUCAUUUGUCACAUGCAAAUGCAUCUGUGUUUCCUGCCGUUUCCCAAACCCCCCCCGACAAAUUACCAAAUAACGCUUUCGUGUGGCACCACCGGUCACAACAUGUUCACUCAGAGGAGACAAAGCACACAAAUUAAAAACUAUUUUUGUAAUAGAAAUCCAUGACAUUUCCAAUAUUUAACCAUGAAAGUGUAUAAAAUACUUGUGACAAGACUUUCACCAGCAGCAGAGAUCCCUAACAGAAAUCUGUUCAGGGGCAGAGGUAUAAGAAGAUCCUAUUUUGAAUAUUCCUAUCCUUAUUAGUAUGAUCCCCAUUCCCUUUAUUUCAGUAUGUAAUGUCCUGAUCCAUGCCCCACAAAUUUCACCUGUAAAUACCAGAGCUCAGCAGUAAGCCAUAGCUUAUUACACGACACCACUCCAAGCUGAGAGGCCAUUUUUUAAAAAUGACAUUGUACUUAAUUUUGUAGAUAAUCAACAACUGGGGCUCAGACCUACGCUGCUAUGGUAUUUGCCAGCUGUCCUUUCCAGGCUUGAGGUGUUAAUUCACAUUUGAAUGUUAACUUAUGUACUUAGAGAGAUCAAAAUCAUUUUUUUUCAGUGUGCUUGACUUGAAAAAAAACAAAGAAAAAAAAGUUUUGUCUGUAUUUUCUUUUGUAUUUUAAGUUGGCUUGGAUCGAUAAUCAUCAUUCUAAGAUUAUUUUUUUUCUUGUUUAUCCAAAAGCAUGAGGCGCUAAAUGUUUUCUUGUUUUCUACUGUGAGGAUAUAGAGAGUUUCUUGUUCCUCGAGUGAUCAGAGAUAUUGCAGUACACAAUCAAAACCUCAUUGCUUUCGGGUGCAAGAUAUAAACUCUUGGUUUUAUUACAAUCCCUGGAUUUCAGGUCUUCUUUUUUGUAAUUUAUCUUCUUGUGUGAGCCCAUGUUAGGGAGCCCUACUACUCACUCCUGUAUUUAUAGCUCGUAUCAUUAUAUAGUCUCAAAAGCCGUCACUGUAUGGUAAUGAUAAAUGUCACUUUAUAAAGCUACUGAUUGUAAUCUUGUAAAUCUUUAGGCCAGCGUUGCUCUCUGAGAUUCAAACGUGGCAUGUUUUUAUUUUGUGCAGACACUCCGACCAAAUGGAAAAAUCUCUCUUCUGUUUUUGUUUUUUUAAAUUCAUCAUACAAAUUGUGCAAAAUCUUGUAUUUAUUUGGGACUUUAUUUUCAACAUUUUCAGGACAUCCAUCAGGUUUUGGACAGCAUCAGUUGAUAAACACAGUUCAUACCAAGCUACUGUAAAUAACCAUUUCUCAGAGGAUGAAGGUUUUCAUCAUGAUUUUAUACAGACACUUUCAUCAAGGCCACUUUGCCAUUUUGAUUUAUUUGCAGAGUCCUCCACAGGCUCCUUGAAUGUUACUGAUCCUGCAAUGUAUUAUUUAUUGUCCAUCACUGACGUGUGGACUAAUUCCUUCAGACCUGCUUUUCUUGUGUGUUUGCUUGCUCUGUGAAGAGGUCUUUCUCUGGGUCUGGCCAAUCACACAGCAGCACAUUCGGACUAUUCUUUCUGUAGAUCUUAGUAUUUUUUUGUCAUGCAUGAGUUAUGUGUUCACGCAGUGUGAACAUCAGGACCAACAACAGACGAACAUCAGUGGAAAGCAGUUUGUUUUCAUGUAGACAAGAAGCAGCGGCUGGAAGCUCCCUCGGCUGCAGCUCUGUGUUUGGCCACAGCAGCUGAAGUUCUUUACAAUCCUGUGUUUUCUUUCUUUUUUCAGUUGAAACAACUCGUGAUUGUUUGUGAGCUCUGUUCAGUGUGAGUCGGAUGAUUGUGGUUAAUAAACUUUCCAGAUGUGUUUGUGUAAA